AUGAGCGCUUCUGCGGACGGCCUGUGUCCGUCAUUGCAAGGUCCUUCGAUGCAAAGCUCUUCCAUUCAUGGACAUGUAUGGGACACUAGUCCCCCUGGGUCGUCGGAAGGCGCCGCUAUAAGAGAUCGACCUUCCCUCACCAUGGAGCAAAAAUUGCGGUUGUUAGAGAAGUAUAGAGCCGACAUGUCCUACAAGCUGGCAGUGAGUGACAGUGUUACUGUAGCUGUCGAGUACUUCUCUGCCAAAGAGAAAGCUGGAACGCUGGGCGAAGGCGAGACGCUUGCUGAGGAAGAUGCGCUUCUGGAGCCCGAUGGUACACUGAUCGGUACUCAUUUACUCUCCGAACACUGCAGAAUAAAAGUGCUUAUUAACGUGAUUUUGGAGAGGUGCAUAGGAGGCGGGCCCACCACGUAUCUUAUAGAUACUUUAUCAACCUGGUGCGGUUCCAAUCCGUACAAGAUCCAUAUCCUGAUAAAGAAAUUUCAAUCGAUCGUUAAACAUGCUGACGCUUUCUCCGAUGCUUGCAUCCAUAACAUCUGCUACCUGUACACUCAGCUCAUCGUCAACGAAACCAUCCCUCUUCUGUUGCUGCACUAUACCGGUGUAGACCGUGACGGAGAAACGAAUGCCAGGUUGCUCACACGACUAAUGCUGAUAAACUUGGUCGAAGCCUGGGGCUUCAGACUCACCAAGGCGAAAUUUGCACAAGACCCAAAGUUGGUUGAAAUCAUGGCGACUCCAUCCUACAUUGCGUUGCUCAAAGACUUGGGCUUUCUCUUCCUCGUCCCAAGCAACGAACAAGAGAGUUGUCACUUGGGCAAGCACCAUUUGAGCAACAACCACUUGGGCAACAACCACGGGGUUGUGCAAGGUGUUCUACAAGGAGGCGGUAAUCACAGUUUGGUCACCGGCGCCGACGAAUGUGAGCCGGCGUCCAGAACUCCAGUAUGUGAACGGUCUGCUUACCUAACCACUUUUCCAUCAGCGUGUGAGUACCGCUUGCCUAGCCAUCAUGCUGGCCAUGGUCUUUCUCUGUCAGCGAUGCAUCGCGAAUCAGUGGGGCACCACAAACAUCCACCAACGGGGAAUCCAUUAGCGGGGAAUCCACCAACGGGGAAUCCACUAGCGGGGAAUCCACUAGCGGGGAAUCCACUAGCGGGGCACACCAAGAUGGGCCACCUGCAUGAGGAUGGGUUGGUGAGCAAGUCAGCCGACACGUUGGCCAGCGGGUGUUCCCGAGUUUAUUACGACGCAGAACGAGGAAAUAUUUGCAAGGUUGUGUGUCGUCCGGUUCGGGUGGAGCCCAUCGACGAGUCUGACUCAUCUGAUUCGGUUUCCAAUCCAUCGAUCGAACUCACGGAAAGCGCACAUUCCUCCUCCAUCUCACUCACCCUCGGUGAACCCUACCUUACCGACCUCAGCUCCGACGACGAGGAACACCCUAAAUGCACACGCCGAAGGCUUUGCAGAGUGGUCUGUGUCACGUCCCCGUGA